AUGGUCUUUGCUGUGAUAUAUACAACCUCACAGCUGAAAAGCAGGCUGAAAAACAGGCUCUGUCUUGCAGAGACCGUGCACCUCUUCAGAAGUCUUUACUCGAUGCAGAACUACCGUUGCAAGUACCGUUGCUACUACAUCAGCACAGGGAGAUUAAAACACACAUCAAGUCUUGCGGACAUCGACAAUGUUGGACGUAAAUACCAUCUGAAAUUGGUGUUGGAAGACAUCCUUGAGAAAGACAAUAUUGUUAACUGCACUGCUGAGGUUCUUUAUCAUCUGGUCAACAAAAAUGCUGCUCCAGAUGUACACCUUACAAUUGAAGGAGAACUUAAGAACACUGAUGAACAAGAUAACAUAUUCUACAAUCGAAUCAAGAGCCUGAAAAAAGAGCUUGUGGCACAAAACAUACCAGACAGCCACGGCAACGUGUCCCCAGAAAUGGAACCCAUCAGACUGCUAGCUCAUGUUGCCUCUGGGUACGUGGUAUGGCAGAACUCUACUGAAAAUACUCGGUACGAACUUGCCCAGAUUAAAGACGUGAAGCAAGUGAAAAGAAGUGAUGAGUACCUUGAAUUUGACUACAUGGUUCUACUUCAUGAAUUUGUGUCCCAGGAGAUUAUUCCCUGGCAAAUGACAGUUCUCUGGCACCCACAGCAUGGUGUUAAAGUAACACAGAACAGCCGUCAGCCAAAGCAUGCAGAGUACUAAUGGAGCUGCUGGCACUACAACGGAAGAAGCUGAAAUGCUACAAGUGUUUGAAGGGAGGCAGAUAAGUAGAUGGGGGGCACACAAUCAAGAUACAAAGAACAAGUCCUUGCUCAGUAAUACUUUUCCUGUACGUUUUGCUUUGAUGUAAUAACCCAACAGUCAUUUUAUCUGCUGCAUAAUCAAAUGCUGUGUCAAAAUUAAUAAAAAAAAACUCUUGUUGCUCGAAAGAAU